UUACAGCAAGCUAACAAUUGAUCUGUCUAUUUCUCGUAUCGUAACUGAUAGCUGGCUGGAUCUGAAACAUGUUAAUAAGAUAAAUAUGAUGUCUUCUAGGCCCAUAUUUUGCAACAGAUUACGGAAAUGGUGCCAUUGUUUCAAGCGAAAUGAAUCUGCAUCAAUAUCAAAAAGACCAGUAAUAAAACGACGUGAGUACAAAAACGACCAAAAUGGAAGUACCGCAAAACCAGGGAAAUGGAUUUUAUUUGGAAUACCUGUUGCUACAUUUUGCCUUGGUACAUGGCAAGUUCGAAGACGAACAUGGAAAAAUGAUUUAAUAGAAUCACUCAAUAAAAAGACUACAGCAGAACCCCAACCUCUCCCACAGAAUUUAGAAAGCAUAAAUUCAAAAGACUUUGAGUACUCAAAAUUUUAUGUGAAUGGUGUAUUUGAUCAUUCAAAAGAAAUGCAUGUAAUGCCAAGAACUUUUGCCAAGCUUAAAGAACAAAGCGGUGGCUCACUUUUAUCAACAGGUAGUCGAGUGGGGUUACAUGUCAUAACUCCAUUUUAUAUCCCAGAACGAGAUUACAGUAUCCUAAUAAAUCGUGGUUUUGUCGAUAGCGAUUAUAGAAAUCCAGGAACCAGAAAACAAGGACAAAUUGAUGGCGAGGUGAACAUCACCGGCCUAUUGAGACUUACAGAGAGAACAAAAAUUAAAGGUACAAAUAUGAUAGAACUAAAUCAAUGGUCACAUGUUGAUGUUGAAAAAAUGGCCGAGUUAUCUGGAACAAAGCCAAUUUUACUCGAUGCUGUGGCAGAAUCUUCUUCACCUGGGGGACCUAUUGGCGGUCAAACACGUAUUCGUAUAUGGAAUCAGCAUGCUUCGUAUAUUAUUACAUGGUACAGUCUUUCUGCUAUAACUGCCCUUAUGUGGUGGUCUAGAUACAUACGGUGAGGUAUUCUAGUGAUAUUCAGUAAAUAGAAGCGUAUUAGAGUAAACAAUUCAAGCCAAAGUUUAUGAUUUGUGAAACAUUCUGAUUCUGUUUUCUAAUCCUGUGUUAUGUCAAAAGACUUGCAAGUUUCAGAAU